AUGGGGCAGGCUUCCGUGAGCGAGAGCAUUCACGCAGUUGAGGAAGCAAUAACCGUGGUGGGCCGGCAACAGGGUUGGGUGUGUGAUGCCCACAUGCGCAUCGUGGACAUCGAUCCCCGUUUCCCCGGAUCGUGCCACGACUCCUACGUAUGGAGGCACUUGCCACAGUUAGGCCGCCUCACAAUUAACCUUCGACGUGGAGAAUGGGUGCUUGUCGACUCGGGCUACCCUCUUGAGCCAUGGCUGCUGACACCUGUGCCAGGUCAUCCAGGCUUUGACACUCAGGAGGGGCGCUACAACCGUGUCCAUGCCUCCAUGAGGAACGUUGUGGAGAGGGGUAUUGGCGUGUUGAAGGCAAGUUUCCGAUGCCUUCAAAGGCACCGGACCCUCCUUUAUCAGCCGAAGGAUGCAGCCUCAAUUGUGGCAGCCUGCGUCGCUCUCCACAACAUUGCUUCGAAGGCAGGGGAGCCGCAGCUGCAAAACAUCGAUGAGGAGGCCGAGGACAAGCAGCCACCGCUGCAACAGGGCUUGCCUGUGUUCGAAGGGCACCACACUUGCCGGCAAGAAACGCCCAGAGAGCUGCUCAUGAGGGCAAAGCAGAUGAGCCAAGAUGUCAGCCUGUUCUCUGCGGCCCCUACCUGGCGUAGAACUUAUCUGCGUGCGCUACAUCGUCAUCUGAGGCAGCAACAGCAGGCUCGUCACGCGGCUUAA